AUGGCUGACCUCACCGUCGACGUCGCUGUGGUGGGCGGUGGCCCAGCCGGCUACGUGAUGGCGGCGCUGCUGGGACGCUCGGAGCACUCGGUGGCGCUCGUCGACCCCAAGCCGGAGGGCGCCUGGCCCAACAACUACGGCUCGUGGCGCGAGGAGUGGGAGGCGCUCGCCGCAUCGCUGCAGAUGCCGGAGCUCCUCGACUGCGUCAGCACAAACUGGGCAGUGACGGAUUGCUUCUUUGGCGGCUCGUUCGACACGCCGGACGACGAGCGGCUGCGGUUGGAUCGCGCCUACCUCAAGGUCGACCGCCUCCGACUCAAGGCCCUGCUGCGGGAGAAGCACGCGGCGACCGGCGUGCAGCUGCUGGAGGGCUACGCGCCCGCGGCCGCCAUCGCGCCGAACCUCUUUGACGGCGGCCUGGUGCAUGACGCGAGCGGCUCGACGCUGACGGUGAAGGCGUCGGGCGGCGGCGGCGGCGGCGACGUCCGCGUGCGCGCGAAGCUCGUCGUCGACGCGACCGGCUUUGAGUCCAAGCUGACGGUGCGCGAGAGCCCCGCCGCGGGGGGGCUGUGGAAGGAGCUCGCGCCCGGGUACCAGAUCGCGUACGGCAUGUGCGUGGAUGUGGCGGGCGACAAGCUCGCGCCGUACGACGCGUCGGCGAUGACCCUCUUCGACUACCGCACCGACCACCUCGUGGGCUCCGACCUGCUCGCAGACGCAGAGGAGCGGCCGUCCUUCGUCUACGUGAUGCCGAGCGGCGAGGGGGGCUGCGACGGCUGCGGCGCGUCCGCCUUUUUCGAGGAGACGUCGCUGGUGGGGCGCGGCGAGCGGCGGCUCGAGUUCGAGACGCUCAAGCAGCGGCUGAUCAAGCGGCUCGCCUUCCACGGCAUUACGUACAGCGAGGCGAGUGUGCGCGAGGAGGAGUACUGCUACAUCCCGAUGGGCGGCCAGCUGCCGGACAGGACGCAGCGCGUCGUGCCGAUCGGGGGCGCCGCAAACACCGUCCACCCGGCGACCGGCUACCAGCUCUGCCGCAUGCUCGCCUCGUCAACGGGCGUCGCCGCCGCCCUCUCUGCCGAGCUCAGCAAGGGCGACGGCUUCGACCCGGACGCGGCGGCGGCCGCCGCGCACGCCUCGCUGUGGCCGGCGAGCAACCGGCUGCAGCGCGACUUUGCGGUCUUCGGCGGCGAGUUCCUCGGCUCGCAGCCGGUCGAGAUCCUGCGCGGUUUCUUCGGCGCCUUUUUCGCGCUCGAGCAGCAAGUGUGGGGCGGCUUCCUC